GCUGCGCCUAAAACCCUAAAACACGGGACUGACUAGCACUCGUUUAUCGUUCCUUAUUUCUCAUUUCGAUCAUCUUCAGAAUUCGCAGGAAUCGUCUCUCGGAUCCUGAACAGAGAGGUCGACCCGUUUCAGAAUGGCGAAUGCAUUGGGCUCCCUCAUUUCCAUCGAUGGGUCGGUCUCAACCUCGUCCACCAAGACAAGGACACGGAUCUUCCGGCACGAUAUCCCGUCUAGUCUCGACGUUUCAGAUAUGUCCCCUGAGCUCUCGUCCCUGUUGGUAGAUAUAAUUUUUAAGACGUUGUUUAUAUAUGGUGAUCGUCAAUCAAGGAAAGCUGUUGAUGACGUGAUUACAAAAGCUUUGGGCAAUGUUACAUUCUUGAAAAGUUUUGCAGCAGCCCUUGUUCAGUCUAUGGAAAAGAAUUUGAAGUUUCAUUCUCAUGUUGGCAGUCUGAGGCUCCUUAAGUGGUCAUGUCUCCUCUUGAGAAAUAGUCAGUUUGUCUCUGUUUCAAAGAAUGCAUUCUGUAGAGUAGCUGCAGCACAGGCAUCUUUACUCCAUAUUUCUAUGCAAGGAUCAUUUCGCGAGCGAAGGGCUUGCAAGCAAAUGCUUUUCCAUUUAUUUUCUCAGCCGCCGGACUUCUAUAAAAUAUACAUGGAGGAAUUGAAGGAUGCACGGAUUCCGUACAAAGAUAGUCCUGAAUUAAUACUUUUAUUGCUAGAGUACUCUAGCAGAUUGCCUUCUUUGUUUGAGCAAUACAAGCCAAUAUUUCUUGACAUAUACGUUGGAGCAGUUCUAAAUGCCAGAGAAAUUCCUGCAAAAGGGCUUAGUGAAUCUUUUCGUCCACUUUUUGCACUAAUGUCACACGAUGAUCUUCAAAAUGUGGUGGUUCCAUCAUCAGUGAAAAUGUUGAAACGCAAUCCUGAGAUUGGUCUGGAAUCGAUUGUAAUUCUUUUGAAUGCGGUCAACCUUGAUCUGAGCAAGUAUGCAGUUGAAAUUCUUUCGGUAGUAUUUUCACAGGCUCGACAUGCAGAAGAAGGAAGAAGGGUUGGAGCAUUGGCAAUAGUGGGCUGUUUGAGCCAAAAGUCUAGUAAUCCUGAUUCUCUCGAAGCGAUGUUCAAUGCUAUUAAAGCAGUUAUUGGAGGCUCGGAAGGAAGACUUGCAUUUCCUUACCAGAGAAUUGGGGCAAUAAAUGCAUUGCAGGAGCUGUCUAAUGCCCCUGGAGGGAAAUAUCUCAACAGCCUGUCUUGUACUGCAUGUGGUUUCCUUAUAUCUUGCUUCAAGGGUGAAGGAAAUGAAGAAGUAAAACUUGCAAUACUCUCAGCUUUGGCUGUGUGGGCAGCACGAUCUGUUGAAGCUCUUCAAUCAGACGUAGUGUCAUUUAUUGCUUCUUGCCUAAAAGAAAAGGAAACUUUAAGAAGGGGAUGUCUUCGAUGUUUACAUUUAAUAUGCAAGAAUGCUGAUGCAGUUUUACAUAUAACGCCAUUGCUGGGCCCUCUUAUCCAACUUGUAAAAACUGGUUUUACAAAAGCAGUGCAACGUUUGGAUGGCAUAUAUGCAUUGCUUUUAGUUGGGAAGAUUGCAGCUGCGGAUGUCAAAGCAGAGGAGGCUGUGUCAAAGGAGAAGAUUUGGGCUUUGAUAUCUCAAAAUGAACCUUCUCUUGUGCCAGUUCCCAUGGCCUCUAAAUUGUCUACAGAAGAUUGUGUAGCAUGUGUGAAUCUGCUUGAAGUUUUACUGGUGGAACAUUCAGACCGAAUUUUGGAAAACUUUUCAGUCAGAUCACUGUUAUCGGUUAUUCUUUUUCUAAUAUGCCAUCAAAGUUGGGAUGUUCGUAAAAUUGCUUAUGAUGCUACCAGAAAGAUUAUCUUGUCUUCUCCACAAUUGUCUGAACCUCUUUUGCACGAGUUUACAAAUUUUCUUUCGGUUGUUGGAGAGAAAAUUUGUCUUUUGAAGUCAAGUGAUGCAGAUAAUUCAUUGGACACUUUCGUUCCCUUCCUUCCAUCUGUUGAGGUCUUAGUGAAGGCUUUAAUAGUCAUAUCAUCUGCAACUCUUAAUGCUGCCCCAACUGUGUCAACGCAAGUUAUAUUCUGCUCGCAUCAUCCCUACAUAGUUGGCACUGGAAAGAGAGAUGCAGUUUGGAGGAGGCUCCGUAAAGGCUUGCAAACUCUUGGAUGUAAUAUUAUUGACAUUAUUUCUGGUGAUAUUGAGAAUUUAUGCAAGGUUAUCCUCGGACCAAUGGGGUUGAUGAGUUCUAGUCUACUUGAGCAACAAGCAGCAAUCAAUACUUUAUCCACUUUGAUGUCAAUAACUCCCAGCGACACCUAUUUAGAAUUUGAGAAGCACCUGAAAAAUCUUCCUGACCAUCAUUCACAUGAUAUGCUUUCUGAAACUGACAUCCAGAUUUUCCACACUCCUGAGGGAAUGCUUUCAACUGAGCAAGGGGUGUAUAUUGCUGAGUCUUUUGUUGCUAAAAACACAAAACAGGACCAUGCUAGUUCUAAUCAUAAGAGAGAAUCGGGUAGAGAUGCUGCUGGGGUGGGAAGGAGGGACUCUGGGAAAUUGACUAAGAAAGCAGACAAGGGAAAGUCAGCGAAGGAAGAGGCACGUGAGUUGCUGCUUAAAGAGGAAUCUGCUAUACGUGAAAAGGUCCGGGACAUUCAGAAGAAUCUGUCUUUGAUGCUUCGUACUCUUGGGGACAUGGCCAUUGCAAACCCUAUAUUUGCUCACAGCCAAUUGCCGUCACUGGUUAAGUUUGUUGAGCCUCUGUUACGAUCACCUAUUGUAAGUGAUAUGGCCUUUGAAGCAUUGGUAAAGCUUUCAAGAUGUAUUGCCCCUCCUCUAUGUAAUUGGGCCCUUGACGUUGCUUCUGCUUUGCACCUAAUUGUGACUGAGGAAACUCGUAUUCUGUUGGAUCUGAUUCCCUCUGCUGAGGAGGAAUCUAAUGGAAAACCAUCUUUUACUCUUUUUGAGAGAAUUAUAAAUGGCAUAUCUGUCUCGUGUAAAUCUGGAGCUCUACCUGUAGACUCCUUUACUUUUGUCUUUCCGAUUAUUGAGAGGAUUCUGUUUUCAUCGAAGAAGACAGGACUGCAUGAUGAUGUGCUUCGGAUUAUUUAUUUGCACAUGGAUCCAUUAUUGCCUCUUCCUAGGCUUCGCAUGCUAUCAGCUCUUUAUCAUGUUCUUGGUAUUCUUCCUGCUUAUCAAGCGCCCGUUGGAUCAGCUCUGAAUGAGUUGUGUCUUGGUCUACAACCACAUGAAAUAGCAUCUGCAUUAUGUGGUGUGUAUGCCAAAGAUGUCCAUGUUAGGAUGGCCUGCUUAAAUGCCAUCAAAUGCAUUCCAGCUGUUUCUAGUCGUGCUCUUCCUCAGAAUCUUGAUGUUGCAACAAGUUUGUGGAUUGCUUUACAUGAUCCCGAAAAGUCAGUUGCUGAAGCCACAGAGGAUAUAUGGGAUCGCUAUGGGUAUGACUUUGGAACUGAUUAUUCAGGACUUUUUGAUGUCCUGUCUCAUAUUAAUUACAAUGUCCGAUCUGCUGCUGCGGAGGCAUUAGCUGCAGCUUUGGAUGAAAACCCUGAUUCCAUACAGGAAACACUUUCUACGUUGUUUUCUUUGUAUAUUCGGGAUUCUGGUUUCAGCAAGGACAAUGUUGAUUCUGGUUGGCUUGGCAGACAGGGAAUAGCUUUAUCUUUAAAUUCUGCUGCUGAUGUUCUGAGAACAAAAGACCUUCCUGUUGUUAUGACAUUCCUGAUUUCACGCGCACUGGCUGAUCCUAACACAGAUGUUCGUGGAAGAAUGAUUAAUGCUGGUAUCUUGAUUAUUGAUAAGCAUGGCAGAGAUAAUGUUUCCUUGUUAUUUCCAAUAUUUGAGAACUACUUAAACAAAAAGGCAUCUGAUGAAGAGAAAUAUGAUUUGGUGCGCGAGGGUGUAGUUAUUUUUACUGGAGCCUUGGCAAAACAUCUGGCGAAGGAUGAUCCUAAAGUUCAUACUGUUGUGGAGAAGUUAUUGGAUGUCAUAAACACUCCAUCAGAAGCUGUGCAACGUGCGGUCUCAGCAUGCCUUUCGCCAUUGAUGAAAUCGAAGCAAGAUGAUGCGCAGGCCCUUGUUUCGAGGCUUAUGGAUCAACUAAUGAAGAGUGAAAAAUAUGGAGAACGUCGUGGAGCAGCUUUUGGACUUGCUGGAGUAGUUAAGGGAUUUGGAAUCCCUUGCUUGAAGAAGUAUGGAAUUGUUGGUGCACUACAGGAAGCAUUCACUAAUAGGAAUUCUGCAAAAAGUCGUGAGGGAGCUUUAUUGGCUUUUGAAUGCCUCUGUGAAAAGCUUGGAAGACUAUUUGAACCAUAUGUUAUCCAAAUGUUACCACUGCUUUUGGUUUCUUUCUCCGACAAUGUUGUUGCUGUUCGAGAAGCUGCUGAAUGUGCUGCUCGUUCAAUGAUGUCUCAGUUAACUGCACAGGGUGUGAAGCUUGUUCUUCCAUCUCUUUUGAAGGGUCUUGAGGAUAAAGCUUGGCGUACAAAACAAAGUAGUGUGCAACUGCUUGGUGCUAUGGCAUUCUGUGCUCCUCAGCAACUGUCCCAAUGCCUACCAAAGAUUGUGCCAAAACUUACGGAGGUAUUGACGGAUACACAUCCGAAAGUCCAGUCAGCAGGGCAGACGGCCCUUCAGCAGGUUGGGAGUGUUAUUAGAAACCCCGAAAUAUCUUCUCUCGUUCCCACUCUUCUGUUGGGUCUUACAGAUCCCAAUGACCACACAAAAUAUUCUCUUGAUGUUCUCCUACAAACAACUUUUGUCAAUUCUAUUGAUGCUCCUUCGCUUGCGCUAUUGGUUCCAAUAGUACAUAGAGGGCUGAGGGUGAGAAGUGCUGAAACAAAAAAGAAGGCUGCACAAAUAGUUGGAAACAUGUGUUCAUUAGUAACGGAACCAAAGGAUAUGAUCCCUUAUAUCGGGUUGCUUCUUCCUGAAGUGAAAAAGGUCCUUGUGGAUCCAAUUCCAGAAGUUCGGUCAGUUGCAGCAAGGGCCCUUGGAUCGCUUAUUAGAGGAAUGGGAGAGGACAACUUCCCUGAUCUGGUUCCAUGGUUAUUUGACACUCUUAAAUCUGAUAGUAGUAAUGUCGAGCGCUCUGGAGCUGCUCAAGGGUUGAGUGAGGUUCUUGCUGCCCUUGGUACCGAGUACUUUGAGCACGUACUUCCUGAUAUUAUCCGAAACUGUUCUCAUCAAAGAGCUUCUGUACGUGAUGGGUAUCUAACUCUUUUCAAGUAUUUGCCUAGGUCACUGGGUGUUCAGUUUCAAAACUAUUUGCAGCAGGUGCUGCCUGCCAUUUUAGAUGGUCUGGCGGAUGAGAAUGAAUCCGUUCGUGAUGCAGCUCUUGGUGCUGGACAUGUCCUUGUAGAACACUAUGCAACAACGUCUUUACCACUACUCCUUCCAGCUGUAGAGGAUGGUAUUUUUAAUGAUAAUUGGCGUAUUCGACAAAGCUCUGUGGAACUUUUGGGGGAUCUCUUGUUUAAGGUUGCUGGAACCUCUGGAAAAGCUCUACUUGAGGGUGGCAGCGAUGAUGAAGGUGCUAGCACUGAAGCACAGGGGCGUGCGAUUAUUGAGGUUUUAGGAAGGGAUAAACGUAAUGAAGUUCUUGCUGCUUUAUACAUGGUUCGCACAGAUGUCAGCUUAUCCGUACGUCAGGCUGCCUUACAUGUGUGGAAAACUAUAGUUGCAAAUACUCCAAAGACUCUCAAAGAAAUCAUGCCAGUUUUAAUGAAUACUUUAAUUACUUCUCUCGCAUCUUCAUCCUUUGAGAGGCGACAGGUUGCUGGACGUGCAUUGGGUGAACUUGUUCGUAAGCUUGGUGAAAGGGUACUUCCCAUGGUAAUCCCAAUCCUGUCCCGAGGGCUGCAGGAUCCCAAUCCUAGCAGAAGACAAGGAGUAUGUAUUGGCUUGAGUGAAGUGAUGGCAAGUUCUGGAAGGAGUCAAUUGCUGAGCUUCAUGGACGAGCUCAUCCCUACUAUUCGGACUGCCCUUUGUGAUAGCACGUCUGAAGUUCGUGAGUCUGCGGGUGUAGCAUUCAGUACUCUUUACAAGAGUGCUGGAAUGCAAGCAAUAGAUGAAAUAGUGCCGACACUUCUGCAUGCUUUGGAGGACGAUCAAACCUCUGAUACGGCCCUGGAUGGUCUCAAACAAAUCUUAAGUGUCAGGACAACUGCGGUUUUGCCUCACAUUUUGCCUAAGCUGGUUCAUCUACCCCUUUCGGCCUUUAAUGCACAUGCUCUCGGGGCUUUAGCAGAGGUUGCAGGACCUGGUCUAAAUAUCCACCUUGGAACUGUUCUUCCUGCCUUACUCUCUGCAAUGGGUGGAAAUGACAUGAAUGUCCAAAGUUUGGCAAAGGAGGCUGCCGAAACAGUGGUCUUAGUCAUAGAUGAUGAAGGCGUUGAAUCCUUGAUAGCGGAGCUUCUUAAAGGUGUUAGUGAUAGUCAGGCUACGAUUAGACGAAGUUCAUCAUAUCUGAUUGGAUACUUCUUCAAGAACAGCAAAUUAUACUUGGUUGACGAAGCUCCGAACAUGAUAUCUAUGCUUAUUAUUUCACUCAGUGACUCUGAUUCAGCCACCGUCGCGGCUGCUUGGGAAGCCUUAUGUAGGGUUGUUGGUUCAAUUCCUAAAGAAGUACUUCCUUCCUAUAUAAAACUAGUACGCGAUGCUGUAUCUACAUCCAGAGACAAGGAGCGUAGAAAAAAGAAGGGAGGGGCUGUUCUCAUCCCUGGAUUUUGUCUCCCGAAAGCUCUUCAGCCUGUGCUUCCAAUCUUUCUCCAAGGACUGAUGAGUGGUUCUGCUGAAAUGAGAGAGCAAGCCGCAUUGGGUCUUGGGGAGCUAAUUGAAGUAACCAGUGAACAAGCACUUAAGGAGUUUGUCAUUCCAAUUACCGGGCCUCUUAUACGGAUCAUUGGCGAUCGGUUCCCAUGGCAGGUGAAGAAUGCGAUUUUGUCUACACUAAGCAUUAUAAUUAGGAAGGGCAGAAUGGCCCUGAAACCAUUCCUUCCGCAACUUCAGACAACCUUUGUCAAGUGUCUACAAGAUAACACCAGGACUGUUCGUUCAAGUGCUGCCCUUGCCCUUGGAGAGCUCAGUGCACUCAGUACAAGGGUGGACCCUUUAGUUGGUGACCUCCUGUCCAGUUUGCAGGUUUCAGACACGGGGGUUCGGGAGGCCAUUUUGACUGCAUUAAAAGGUGUCCUGAAGCAUGCUGGGAAGAGUGUGAACAAUGCUGUUAGAACUCGUGUCUACCUUAUCUUGAAGGAUUUAAUCUACCAUGACGAUGACAUUGUUCGAAUAUCUGCUGCAAGCAUCUUGGGUAUCAUAUCAGAGUACCUGGAAGAUACUCAGCAGAGUAACUUGCUUCAAGAAGUCUCUAGUUUGGCAUCUUCUCCAAGCUGGGUUGCUAGGCAUGGUGCAGCUCUUACAAUUUCAUCCUUACUCAGGCACAAUGCUUCUGGAGUUACCGUGUUGCCAGACUUCCCGGCUGUUGUACAUUGUCUUAAAUGUGCCCUAAAAGAUGAGAAGUUUCCUCUUCGUGAAACUUCGACCAAGGCAUUAGGGAGGCUUCUGCUUUAUCAAUCUCUGAGUGAUCCUUCUAAAGCCACUACACAUACAGAUAUUCUUUCAAAUAUAGUGGCAGCUCUGCAUGAUGAUUCCAGUGAAGUCAGAAGAAGAGCACUAUCUGUUAUAAAAGCUGUUGCAAAAGUAAAUCCUUCAGUUCUUUUGGCCCACAUAACGAUGGUUGGUCCUGCACUCGCUGAAUGUUUGAAGGAUGGAAGUACACCUGUGAGACUUGCGGCAGAAAGAUGUGCUCUGCACACGUUCCAGUUAGCAAAAGGGACGGAAAAUGUUCAGGCUGCACAAAAAUUUAUAACUGGCUUGGAUGCAAGACGGUUAUCAAAGCUUCCUGAACUGAGUGAUGACAGUGGAGACAGCGAAGACGACUCGACAAGUGGCUGAGUAGUUUUUGGUCCUCGGCUCCUUCAGUUAUUGAUUCUCCAAGAGAUUAUGUUACUGGCAGGUGCGCUGGGCUGAUGUUUUAUUGCCAUGUUUGUUUAUAGGAUACAUGUACACACACUUAGAAAGAGAUGGGGUUGGACAAUGGACACCCAGUUUUUCUCCCCGGGGUGUUCUAAUACCAAUGUACCUUGUCAAUCAUGUACAUGGUACUCAUGUUUGCUCGCUUUCUUUGUUACGACCCUUACAUAUGAGAAAGACCUUCAUCUUGUACUUCAUAGCUUUUGGUCACAGAAAGUACACAUUUUGUGCGAAAAUCGACCAAGCAUAAGCUGUAUUACCUGUAAUACUAGUUUGUCCGAAAAUCCGAGUUGAACUAGGACAUGAUGUUAGUAAAUUAUACGUAUUAUAUAUUUACCAUGUAUGAUGCCGUGCAUAUGUACCCCAAUAACACAAGUUCAGAAGUUGAAGUGUGA